AUGAACCCAACCCUCGUUCUUGUGCUUACACGUGCCGCAUCACUUAACCUGCCCAACUGGUACCUCGCCGCCGGUGCCCUAUCACAAACCAUCUGGAACAAUGUCUCAUCACUCCCUCCUGAGACGGGAAUCCACGACUACGAUCUCGUCUACCACGACGCCUCCGAUCUCUCGUAUGAAGCCGAGGACGUGGUCAUCCAGGCCGGCAAGCGGCUCUUCGCCGACAUCCCCGUCGAGGUCGAGAUUCGUAACCAGGCCCGCGUCCAUCUUUGGUAUGAAAAGAAAUUCGGGCUCGCACGUCCGGCUAACCAGAGCGUCGAGGAUGGCAUUGACUCGUGGAUAUCUACAAGCGCGAUGCUUGGUGUGAGGCUGGACGGGAACGGGGAAUGGAUCUUUUAUGCGCCUCGCGGUCUAUCCGAUUUCUUCAACAUGGUGGUUAGGCCGAACACGGCCUUUGCGAAGAGGGAGAAUUAUGAAAAGAAGGUGGAGCGGUGGAAGGCAAUCUGGGGGGGGCUCAAGGUUGAGGCUUGGCCGGAGAAUGAAUGA